UCAAGUAUCUAUCCAUUGAGAUCGAUGUGUCAACACACAAAUACACGGGGUGGUCCGCAUCAAAGGUACACACACGCAUCGCAUGACUGAGCACACCAACGAAGGAACGAACGAACGAACGAACGGUGACCAAUGAGCAGCGACAGAAGAGGCCAAAGGGGAGGGGGAGACAAACGACCGCACAAGCGACGAUCAUGACUUGUCCCGGUCCCGCUCUUCCUUCUCCUUCUCUUGCUGCUGCUGUUGUUCUUGCUGCUCUCUCUCCAGCCUUUUCUGCUUGACAAACCGACCAAACGACUCGCCUCUCUCCUCGUCCAACAGCUGCUCAUCCUCUGAACCAUCCCACACCCCCACACACAGAGAGACAGACAUGACACACACACACCAUUACACCCAGACUGCCUCUCACUGCACUCACCCAGUGAUGCCAGGCCUUCCGGUGGCUUUGGCUGGUCCUCUUGCUGCUGCUGCUGCUGCUGGCGAGUCGAGGGCGGCGGGGUGGCGUCAUCGAGCAGCUCGUCAGGGCCGGCCACACUCCGGUCAGCGAUACUCGACACACCCCCUGCUGCACCUGCCAUUGAAGGUGUGUGAGUGGGUGGGGCUAUGGGGGUGUGGCUUACGGUAUGAGGGCAUCUCUGGGGGCUCUGGUGGUGCAGCUGUGGGCGGCGGUGGUGUGGGUGUGGGUGUUGGCGGUGCGAAUUCCUCCGCCAUUGGGAGUGCGUACUCGUCGACAGCCUCUCGCUCCUCCCUCUCUGCCAUGGCAGCGAUGCCUUCCAACUCCUCCUCUUCGUCGGCGAAGAGCCCUUCGCCACCCUCGAGCGACUCUAUCAGCUGCCACACACACACACACACACACACAGAGAGAGAGAGAGAGAGAGAGGAAAGGGGAAUUGUUGUGGAUGCGUUAGCGCAUGAUGGCAUGUGGCUCUUACGCGUCGCUCCUCCAUGGCUUCAAUGUCCUCAUACUCCAUCUCCUCCUCCUCCCCUUCUUCAGCAGCAGCCAGUGCCGCACGCUCCAGCUCAUCCUCACCGACACCAGCAGCAGCAGCAGCAGCACUGAGCUCACCCUCUCCCUCGACGGCCUCUCGGCCACGAUCUGAAUGACGGGCAAGGAAAGCCACCACACAGGAGCUCCUGCGAAAUUGUGGGGUGGCCAGAGAGAGGGUCAGGGUCACCUCUGAAGGCUUCUCGUAUGGCGGUGAUGCCUGGGGACGGGUGACGGGGGACCUCUUUGCCCUCCGCCUCCAGGCGAUUCUCCCUGUGGUUAUGUGAGCACGACAACGACACACACAGACAUGAGAUUUGAUUUCGUCUGCUGCGAUAUGCUGUGCGUGGCGUAGUGUGGUGUCUGAUUACCUACCUGAGCUUGACGAUGAUGUUUUGGAGGUGCUUGUCCUCCUCCUCUGCGAUCUGGGUCUGUCACACCACACACACACACAUACACAUGCAGCCCGCAUUGCCUGUCUGUGCAGGGGGAUGUUGGUGUGUGGUGUGGGUGGUGUGGGUGGCGUACCUGCCAGUAGGCCUGGCCUGAAGUGAACAAAGGCUCCACACUCGCAGAGGCCGCCUGGGCCUGCACACAGACACUCAAGAUACACACAUAUCACAUGCAGCGCAGCGCAGCAUGGUCCGUCCUUGUGGCUGUCUCACUAUACCAUGAGGAUCUUCUGCCUCUUCUCAAGCUCCAUCCUCAGACCGUAGAACCACUUCUCAGUCUGACAACACACAGACAGACAGGAUGACGACUGAGGGAGGGAGGGAUGGCUGUGUUUGUGCAGACAGACGCACCUCUUUGAAGGCUUUCUUGCGCGAGUAGCCCUUCUCGUUCAUGAGCCGCAGCUGCCGCGCCACGAACUGCAUGGCCGGGUGGUCGUCACGGUACCGGUCGUUGCCUGAUGAACCCGUCAACAAAUCGGACACACCAACACACACGCACACACACACACACGCACCUUUCGACCAGUCAUUUCCGUCCACAAAGCAGUCCUGCCACACGAAAAGAGCAGCACAGCACAGCCCAGCACAGCACAGCCGCCAUGCAGAGCAGACAACACGCCAAGCAGCAUUCGUACGCGGUUGUCAACCACACAGCCCUACUCACCUGGAAGCGCAGGUCCGGGUAUUUCUUGAGGAGGUGCAGGACCAUGUUGGGGUAGGGGUUGUGUAUCCGCCGGGCCUGACACUGCAGGCUGUGCAGCUCCAAAGGGGGGGCGCGCUCCACCUGUGUGCGUAUCGAUGCGAUGCGGGCACACACACGGACACUCACUAAUCAAUUAAUUGCAGGGGUUCGCCUUCUGUCCGCUUACUGCAGUGAGCCAUUUCGGCCGGUCAUACACACCCUGCACACACCACACCAGACACCAAACACAGCACAGCACAGCCACAAGCAACGGUGGCUGUCCCUUCCCCUCUCUCUCUCUCUCUCUCUCGCUCUCUGUGUGUGUGUGUGUCUGGGUAGAGGAGGAGAGCCUGACCCACCUGGUCGACCAUUCUUCGCAUUCGCUCCACAAUGUCAUACCUGGGGAAACGGCGGAAGUUGGUGCCGUUGGGCUGCACAUAACCACACACACACAGACACAGAUGAGUUGCAAGAGAGGCAGGCAGCAGCAGCAGUGCAUCUAUCGGAGAUCUGCCGCUCACGUGCACGGCGCCCUUUGGCAUUUCGUCACAUAGAGUAGAAAGGUGCUGCUCUGUCAGAAAGGAAAGGCAGAAGCCGAUCUCCCUCCUCUGUGUCAGAAGUGCAAG